GCUGCCCAGGAGAAGGAAGAUCUUCAGCGUGAAGGAGAUACCUUGGAUGCAAAGAUCCAAAAAGCUGAGAAAGAAUGUAUAGCCCUAGAAAAUACUCUGCAUGUCCUUAAUAACUGUAACAGCAACUACAGGAACACAUUCAAGCAAGUUGUAGAGAAAAGUGAAGAGUAUGAAGAGAAAAUGAAGCUGGAAGAAGAGAAGAGAGCUGCUGAUGAGAAACAUCGAUAUAAGCGAAGACAGAUCAAGGAGCUUCAAGAGGAUAUUCAGACCAUGCAAAGUAAUCUUGAUACUCUUUUGAAAGAUGAGUCUGUCUUCCAUGAAAAAAUAAAAGAUAAACAAGGAACUGUUUUGAGAUUAUCCAGAGAAAUAGAUGAUCAGAAGCCCAGACUAGAAAGAGUCUCAAAGCAGGUUACCCGAUUGCGCAGAGACAUCCGAACAUUAAAGAAUACUCAGUCAGAAACACAAGAAGAAAAAGACAUUGAACUUCGUGCACUGAAAGACUUCAGCAAAUACAUAGAUAAAAUGCUGCUUGAUAUUUCAGAAGCAAAUCCAGAGUUAAAUACAGCCUUUGAAAAAUACUUCGGACAGGCUUCAUUACAUCUUUCUACAACUUCUCCUUCUCGCCUUAGUUCUCGAUCAUCUGUUCACACCUCAUCUUCUAGCACGUCCUUUAAGAGCUCAGUUUCAUCUUCAAGUCAACCACAUGUUAAAAUUGUAUCUCUGACUUUCAGCCCCAGUCCUGAACCUACAGAUCCAGUUUUUUCUCGUCCUUCUAGCCAGGGUAGUGCCACCGCAUCCUCUCGUAGCAGAAGCCCAUAUUAGUUUUUUUCUGUUGCACUCAAAGCUUUUAAGAAUUCAGAAAGUUAUCUGCUAAGCUGCAGCAUAUGUUUGACUACACAACUGAAAUUAACUUACGUGAUAGUGAAUGAGUUAUUUGCACUUGGAAUAAACGUUUUAGGAUGAACUCAGUUUUAUUUUUAU